CAGUUCCACUGCUACAUUUUCUGGGCAUAUAGAGACACUGCUGUGUGUCUGAGUGGGAGAUGGACUGAGUGAGGGCGCUCUUUCGACCAGUUCGCUGCCGAUAGCAUUGAAAUACUCACAAGCUAGGUUGAAAUAAUUGACGGUUUUAGGUCGCUGAAUCAACUAGAAAAUAUAUAGUACCGUUAUCAAUCUUUCACAUCCCACUCCAAACACACUAACACGGCAUUGAUGGUAAUGUAUGCAAGGAAACAACCGAGACUCGGCGAUGGGUGCGACCGAAGAGAUUCUCAGCCCUAUCAGGCUCUCAAAUACUCGUCCAAGAGCCAUCCAGGAGGGGACCACAGACAUGAAAAGAUGCGAGACUCCUCAGAUGUCACUCCUCCCUGCAAAAUGCUCAGGAGGUCUGACAGCCCUGAAAACAAACACAUCGACAGCACAGGGCACAGCAGAGCAAAGGCUGUCCAUACGCACCGGGCCAGAGACAGGGAUGGAGGGACCAGUUUUUCUCCACAAGAAAAUUCUCACAACCACAGUUCCCUUCAUAGCUCCAACUCACAUUCUAACCCCAGCAAGACCUCAGACACACCUCACGAACCUGGUGACGACUGGUCAGAGCACAUCAGCUCGUCUGGAAAAAAAUACUAUUACAACUGCAGGACAGAGGUGUCCCAGUGGGAGAAGCCCAAAGAAUGGCUGGAGAGAGAACAGAGGCAAAAAGAGGCCACGAAGACUGCGGUUGUCAACAGUUUCCCCAAAGACAGGGACUACAGAAGGGAGGCUAUGCAAGCAUCGGCAGCCCCUGGCUUUACUGGUUCUAAGUCAACCCAGGUAGACAAGCCUGCAGCAACCCUUGCCUCCCAAUCGUCAUCGUCUGGCUCAGGGAGCUUGAACCCCUCAUCGGGGCCCCCUGGAUCAUCUGCCUCCACGGUGCCUGUGUCCCCAGUCCUGCAGUCCCCCGCCCCCCCACUACUCCAGGACCCCACGCUGCUUCGCCAGCUUCUCCCAGCACUUCAGACUGCCCUGCAGCUUAACAAUGCCAGCAUGGAUAUGACAAAAAUCAAUGAAGUUCUCACAGCUGCUGUCACACAAGCUUCAUUACAGUCGAUGCUCCAUAAGAUUCUCACUGCUGGACCAUCAGCUUUCAAUAUCACUACUAUCCUCUCUCAAGCUGCUCAACUCUCCAGCCAAGCUCAGCAAUCAAACCAGUCACCCAUGUCGUUAACAUCGGACGCCUCAUCGCCCAGGUCUUAUGUUUCUCCAAGGAUCAGCACACCACAGACCAACGCUGGUCCCCUUAAACCCCUCCUCAGCACGCAGCCUGUCAUCUCACAUACAAAAGUGGGCACGCAAGCAGGGAAGCAGGCAUCUCAUCCCCAGCCCACGUCCCAACAGUCUCUCUCCAGCGAUAAGCAGCACAGUCAUGAUGCCACAACGGCCUCUCCACGCACUCUGCAGCGCCAAGGCAGUCAGAGGAGUCCCUCCCCAGGUCCCAACCAUGUCUCUUCCAGCAGCAGCAACAACGCCUCCAACUCUGCCUCCGCUCCCCCCACCACCUCAGCAGCCCGACCCUCCUGCUCCUUCACCCCCACCCUCGCUGCCCACUUCAAUGAGAAUCUCAUCAAACAUGUGCAGGGGUGGCCUGCUGAACACGCAGAGAAGCAGGCAUCAAGACUACGUGAAGAGGCUCACACCAUGGGGAGCAUCUGUAUGUCUGAGAACUGCACUGAGCUCAAAAACCUCCGGUCCUUGGUCAGAGUCUGUGAAAUCCAAGCAACGUUGCGUGAGCAGAGGAUACUGUUUCUGAGACAGCAAAUCAAAGAACUCGAAAAGUUGAAGAAUCAGAAUUCUUUCAUGGUCUGAGAACUUCUGGUUGCGAGUUAAAGCGGGGGUUGGUGGAAAACGGGGAAGACCCAUUGCACAUAGUUGGAAGCUGGAGGGAGAGCCGUUGUUCCGUUCCUCUUGAGCCCGGUCUUAACACACACACACACAGGAGCUGCAGUCAGGUUGGCUUUGGACCGUCGGGCCGGGAGAACCAAGAGGAAAACAUGAAGAGCUGUCGGAGGGGAAGGGUGGGACUCGGUUUUGUAAAAACCCAUGCCGGGAAAACAUGUAGAUUUCUUGUAGAUGUUAUUAUCUAUGUUGUAAAUAUGUUUUGUAGAUUGAAGCCAUGGAAAGCCAUGCCUAUCAAAGCUUUUGACAUCCAAACUAAUCAACGCCUAGGCGGCUACAUUCAUUAGCUAGCCUUUCCUUCAUGUUAACUUUUCUGCAGAAUUAAAGCUUCAUUUUUUUGUUAAUUCAUAGAUCAUUGAACCAUUGAGCAUGUGUGACCUGCACGUAAACAGGAUGGAUGGAGGAGGAUGUUUGAAGUCAUUUAUAUACACCGAAGCCUAGCAUUAAGCAUAACAAACUGGUGUCAAUGUAGUUUCUUUCCUCAAAUAUUGGUAAACCGAUUACUCUGUCUAGAUUAUCUUCCUGUGCCCUCUGUGGGUGAACUGUACCCUGUACUCAGGCGUGGUAAACAUCCCCAUCUUGACUGCUCACCAACGGUUCAGUGAUCUACUUGCAGCUUCUGGUGGACCUGCAUGUCUCAGUCUGAAGAAAAAAACCAGUGCCUGGUGGUGUGGUGAAGUGAGUGAUUUAAAAGAAAUGUAAGAGCUGUGAUGGCGCGCUGCUUUGGACCAUUCCCAGUACCCUCCUCUGGCCUCAGCCCUGCCCUGCCACACCCUCUUCUGGGGGCAUCAACACUUUACACCCUCCUUGUGGUUUUUGUUUUGAGUUCCAAAAAGUUUUGGUCCCUUUUUUUUUUUUUUUUUUUUUCCUCCCCCCUCUCUCCGACAUUGUACUUAUCCAUAAGGUAAGGUUGGUACCACUGGUUCAUUCCUUUGUACAGUCGCGAACAUACAGUGGAAACAUACAGUGGAGUUUUAAUAAGAGGACGCAGAAUUAAAAGGUUUUAUUUAUAAGAGUUGUAGUGAUGAGCAGAAAUCACAAUCCAUUUUCAUUUGCACCCAGUUUAGGAGUGGUGCACCAGCAGGUUCCAGGUGGUUGUAUGUGGAUCACCUCUUGUGUCAGAGCAGGGCAACAAGAGGUCUCUAGGUCAAAUGUGAAAUAUAUGUAUUGUAAUAAAGAUGUUCAACUAAAGCAAGCACUGGUUAUUUUAUUGGAGUAUUAGGUUUGGUUCAUACGCUAGUGCCUUGUUGAAAGUCUUAAGUCUCACAGCAUCAUUUCCCUGCAGAUCCCACACUUUAAUUCACCCUGUUUGAUUAAGAAGAAAAGAUUUUAAUGGUUGUUUUUUCUAGCACGUCCCAUACCUGUUUGUUCCCCACUGUUGAAGAGCAGGGUCCUAAGCUGCAAAGGCCUGUUUUUUCCCACCAUACUAUCGAGUCUAUAACUGAACUGCACCACACAUUCAGUAAAGGUGACGACAUCAUUGCUUUGUAUAUUGUUUCCUGAAGUAUAUUGACAAAUGAAAUAAAAUAUGCCUCUCCAGGGCUGUU